AUGUCGGCCCCUGGUGUCAAAAGUUUGAAAAGGAGUCUUGCAAUUUGAGACUUGAAAUUUGAGACGCUUUUCUCUGCCACGUAGCUUCAACUUCCUGAUGUAAAGUCAUACAUUGUGUUGUUCCGAAUUUAACCAAAUGCAUCUUCACCAGAAACAUUGUAACAACAUGGUAAGCAAAUAUACUGCUUCUCGAAAAAAAAAUGACAAAAGCGUCUUAGUCAUUGCCUUACAUAAAUGAGUGCACUCGAGCGCGUUCUCUGCAGUCACACGUUUAACGGGAUACUUGCCUUUGAGAGUCUAUUCUCCGGAUGGAAAAUCUUAAACUUUGUUGAACUCGUAGUUUCUUCUUUGAUUUAAACUUUCACGCAAUGUUGGUAAGGGUAGUGUAUGUAAGCUACUGUCUAGCCUGUCUCUGUGCUUUAGCCUAUUAAUAUGCGAACAUUGAAUAACGGUAUUCCAUAGUCGUUUUUUGCCUACCGUCCAUAAAUGUACAAUCAAGCAAGAAUCAAUUUUACACUUCUGAUAUGAUAAAGAUAAAAACAUACUGGUGUUUUAGUGAUAAGCGCGUCAAUAAUGGCAACAUGCAAAAUAGUGGGAAUAUCAUAUGUGUUUUGUACCUUCAAUGUAUUUCUUAUUUUCCAUAUAGCCGAUUAGUAUGAACCAUAGGCCUAUGUUUGUUUUGAGCAUGCAAGAAAACUGUGUGGUGUUUGAAUGGUGACAGAGUAGAAUAUAAUGGAAUGGAAUGGAAUAUAAUAUUAUUAUACUGUACAUGAAAUAGAAUAGAUGGAAUAUAAUAGAUUAAAAUGCCUUGUAAUCAAUGUAUUACCAUUAUUCUAAUUGAAACAACGCUGCUGCAGUAUUUUGAAAAUACAUUAAAUUAAAUUCGUUAAAUUCAUCAAUGCAGUGUCAUGUUUCCUCUGCAGCCUAUUUGCAAGGAAUAUUCAAUUUGCUACCAAUGCAUAAGGUGCUUUUUCCAAACAGAGAAAAGGAGCAAUGAUUAACCGCCAGAGUGCAUUUUGUUGAGGCAAUCUCAAGUGGUCUUGUCUAAUGAAAUCAGCGGCAUCAACAGGGGAGUUGUCAUGACUACAGAGCUGUGCCGCCUCUUUUGCGCUCCGUGUCUUAUUCAUGAGCCGCAGGACGUCGCCUUUUGGGAGCGCGAGCUCAUAAGCGUUUUAUUUCUCAAUUUAUAAACAUAAUUUUUUAUGUUUCAUGGAUUCUUUUUGCUUCUGUUUUAGAGUCGAGAAAUGUCAACAUGGACUGAGCCUUGCUUCAAUUGAAGUGUAUUUUUAGUUGAAGGAAUAUCAACUCAAUAUUAUGGGUAAGUUAUUUUGAUUAUUUCAACCUAAUUAUCUUACAACAUCAAGGCAAGCUGUUAUGAAAUUACACAAAAUAACGUAUGGGACCACUAAUUGUAAAUUAUAGGUGAAAUAUUAGCACAUUGACCCUAUGGGAACUAAAACCAAAUUACCCAUUUUUCCCCCGAUGUAUUUUGAUCAUUCUACUGUCCAGCUCCUGUUAUUUCAUUGGAUGUGCGUAAAACCCAAUGAUGUAUAUAUAAAUCAUUGGUAAAACCCCUUCAUGGAGUAAAACCAUGUGGCAUAGAAAAUACAUAAAACAAUUUUUGCCUAAAUAGACAACCACUAACAACUCAAAAAUAUUGUUGAUGUACAGUAGGCCUAACAGUACAUGUAUGCAAUACUUAUGCAUAUGCAGAGCUGUAAAAAAAAAAAAAAAAAAAAAAACAGCAUCAUUGAAGAUGCUUUGUAGGGUUUGCAACCAUUAUCCUGGAGUUUUGCUAGAUUAAUCAGAAAUAGAUAUUGCAUAUACAACAUAUACACCUGGACAUGAAGAAUAUAAUAAAUGAUGAAUGUCCUUUCUCCAAACAUGAACAUACAUUUGAAUAGUUCAUGUUUCUUCAAUGGGACACAGAAUAUGUAUGAUAAGCCCAUUUUUUUUAGCUGCUUUACUAAAUUUCCUCCAUAUAGUCACACAUAAUAUAAAAAUAGACACAAAUUAUUACAUAGUGUUGCACCCUGUUAUUUUUACCUUCUGUGGAAACCAUUAUCAAUUGUAUCACAUCAUCCAAGGAUCAUUCAAAUGUUAACGAAAUGAUUCCAAACUCACAUAAUGAAUUUUAUACUCAUAUAAUCCAAACCUCUAUCUUCUUCCCUAGGUUGCUCCACCCUGGCCCUCUCCAGUGUGGUGUCCACGCUUGGUGGCCUGGUCUUUGGCUACGAGCUGGGGAUUAUCUCCGGGGCUCUCCUCCAGCUCCAGGCCGAGUUCCGGCUGACUUGUGUCCAGCAGGAGGCUGUGGUCAGUGCCCUUCUGAUCGGGGCCUUACUGGCCUCCCUGGUCGGUGGGUGGCUGAUCGACCGCUAUGGCCGAAGGAACUCCAUCCUCCUCAGCAACGUCCUCAUCCUGGCCGGGAGUUUGGUUCUGGUCAGCAACUCUUACUUGGCACUGGUGGUGGGCAGAAUCACGGUGGGCUUCGCCAUGUGCAUCUCCUCCAUGGCCUGCUGUAUCUUCGUGUCGGAGAUGGUCACUCCCAAGCACAGGGGUUUUUUGGUGACUCUGUAUGAAGUUGGUAUCACCGUGGGCAUCCUGGGAGCUUACGCCAUAAACUAUAUCCUGUCCGAUGCCAGGCAGGGAUGGAAGUAUAUGUUUGCGUUAGCCAUCGUGCCUACUUUGGCUCAGUUUGUCUCCAUUUGGUUCCUCCCGUCCAGUGCCGGAGCACCUGCUGCAGGCGCUCAAAGCCAAAGAGGCCUUAUUCACUCCAUUGAGAAUCACAAAGUGGAGAAUUCGGCACAUGUUUCCAACAGACUCGAUAAACCACAGUACAGCUUUCUGAACCUCUUUCAACAGAAGGACAACAUGAGGACCAGGACUAUCAUUGCCCUGGGCUUGGUGAUCUUUCAACAGUUCACAGGUCAGCCCAAUGUGCUCUUCUACUCCUCAACCAUCUUUAAUUCAGUGGGCUUCGAGAGCAACGCCUCGGCAUUGCUGGCGUCCUUGGGCUUGGGGGUAGUCAAGGUGAUCGCCACCUUGGUCUCCAUGGUGUUUGCCGAUAGGGUUGGCAGGAGGCCUCUGCUCAUUGGUGGAUGUAUGGUAAUGUCCGUGUGUUUGAUCACCAUAGGACUUUUGAGCGGGCGUUCAGUGGUCAACACCAAGACACCCUGUAGUGCUGGGGAUUAUGUCAAAAACAGCACACCCCUAACACAGCUAACGCUGGACAAUCAAUCAAGCUUUGACAUUUCUGUCAGUCAACGCCAUGGACGUCACGAUUGGACCGAAGUAAGGGAUAUUGCGUACGAUGAUGUGAUAUCCUUAGGUACGUUGAUGCCAGUGCCUUCUCCAGCUGUCCACAAUGGAGUGGUGAACUGGAUCAUUUUACUCUGUAUGAUGGCAGUCGUCAGUGCAUACUCAGUUGGAUUUGGACCAAGUAAGUACUUUCUCCUGGGAUGAUUCAUAAUUAUCGUAUUUCUGGCAAAUUAUUGAAAUGUGGGGCCACAAGAUUAUUGUUAAGGUUAGCUAGAACUUGCUUUUGACAAUCAUAUGGCGUUGUCUUGUGAAUGACUAGAGAUGAAUGUUUGUGAAUUUUCUGUUGCAUAGUGACCUGGCUCAUUUUGAGUGAAAUAUUCCCUGCUGCGGUCAGAGGGAGAGCGUUUGCCUUCACUAACUGCUUCAACUGGGCUGCCAACUUAAUUGUCACAUUCUCCUUCUUGAAUGUCAUCAGUAAGCAUCUACCUCUAUGAAUUCACAUUCAAUCAAGUCUGGUUUGUUACAGUGCAUUCUGAAAGUAUUCAGACCCCUUGACUUUUUGUUACAGCCUUAUUCUAAAAUUGAUUAAAUAAAAAUGUUUCCUCAUCAAUCUACACACAAUACCCCAUAAUGGCAAAGCGAAAACAGGUUUAUAGAAAUUGUUGCACAUUCAUUUACAUAAGUAUUCAGACCCUUUGCUAUGAGACUUGAAAUUGAGCUCAGGUGCAUCCUGUUUCCAUUGAUCAUUCUUGAGAUGUUUCUACAAUUUGAUUGGAGUCCACCUGUGGUAAAUUCAAUUGAUUGGACAUGAUUUGGAAAGGCACUCACCUGUCUAUAUAAGGUCCCGCUGUAAGCAUUUCACUGUAAGGUCUACACCUGUUGUAUUCGGCGCAUGUGACAAAUACAAUUUGAUUUGAAAUAAUUUGAUUUGACAGUGCAUGUCAGAGCAAAAACCAAGCCAUGAGGUCGAAGGAAUUGUCCAUAGAGCUCCGAGACAGGAUUGUGUCGAGCACAGAUCUGGGGAAGGGUACCAAAAAACUUCUGCGGCAUUGAAGGUUCGCAAGAAGACAGUGGCCUCUAUCAUUCUUAAAUGGAAGAAGUUUGGAAUCACCAAGACUCUUCCUAGAGCUGGUCGCCCGGCCAAACUGAGAAAGCGGAGGAGUUCCUCUGUGGAGAUGGGAGAACCUACCCGAAGGACAACCAUCUCUGCAGCACCCCACCAAUCAGGACUUUAUGGUAGAGUGGCCAGACAGAAGCCACUCCUCAGUAAAAGGCACAUGACAGCCCGCUUGGAGUUUGCCAAAAGGCACCUAACGGACUCUCAGACCAUGAGUAACAAGAUUCUCUGGUCUGAUGAAACCAAAAUUGAACUCUUUGGCCUGAAUGCCAAGUGUCACAUCUGGAGGAAACCUGGCACCAUCCCUACGGUGAAGCAUGGUGGUGGCAGCAUAAUGCUGUGGGGAUGUUUUUCAGCGGCAGGGACUGGGAGACUAGUCAGGAUCGAGGGAAAGAUGAACGAAGCAAAGUACAGAGAGAUCCUUGAUGAAAACCUGCUCCAGAGCGCUCAAGACCUCAAACUGGGGCGAAGGUUCACCUUCCAACAGGACAACGACCCUAAGCACACAGCCAAGACAACACAAGAGUGGCUUCGGGACAAGUCUCUGAAUGUCCUUGAGUGGCCCAGCCAGAGCCCAGACGUGAACCCGAUCGAACAUCUCUGGAGAGACCUGAAAAUAGCUGUGCAGCAACGCUCCCCAUCCAACCUGACAGAGCUUGAUAGGAUCUGCAGAGAAGAAUGGGAGAAACUCCCCAAAUACAGGUGUGCCAAGCUUGUAGCAUCAUACCUAAGAAGGCUCGAGGCUGUAAUCGCUGCCAAAGGUGCUUCAACAAAGUACUGAGUAAAGGGUCUGAAUACUUAUGUAAGUGUGAUAUUUCCGUUUUUUUCUUUUGAAUACAUUUGCAACUUUCUAAAAAACCGUUUUUGCUUUGUCAUUAUGAGGUAUUGUGUGUAGAUUGAUGAGAAAAAAACAAAACAAUUUAAUCCAUUUUAGAAUAAGGCUGUAACGUAACAAAAUGUGGAAAAAGUCAAGGGGUCUGAAUACUUCCCAAAUGCACUGUAUGUGUUGGUAGUACGAGCAUGGGAAGAUGUAUCAGACAGGAACUGGUUUAGUCUUCAAAGAUUGAACUAUACUCCUUCAAUGGCACUCAACCUAGAAUGUAGUGCAGUAUCUUUAGAUACAAAUAAUCUACCUGGCAAUUAAGUUGAUUAUGUUUCGUCACCAGAUGUGAUUGGUUUGUCUGGAACAUUCCUUUCGUAUGGGCUGAUUGGAGUGGGAGCGGUGGUGUUCUUCUACUUCAUGUUACCAGAGACCAAAGGGAAAUCACUGGAGCAAAUAGACAGGGAGCUCUGUUUGAAAAGGUACAUCUUAAACUCCAGUCUAUUAUUAUGCAGUACAAAUAGAAAUGUUAUUUUCAACGUGAUCUGAAAUGCAGUUAGAUCUAGGAACUUAUCUGCUUCUUCUUUUGUAGGGUACACAACAGUGAAGAAUGCUGCAACAUCCUUAGCAGGAGAAUCGACUCCCCCGGGUAUCAAAGAGUGCACAUUGUUAGCUCAGCAACCCAAUGUUGAGUAAAUCUAUCCAAGUGUUAUAUUCUAAGCAGUGGUGUACAAUACUUUAAAGGACUACUUAAGUAUUUUUUUGGGGUAUCUGUACUUUACUAUUUAUAUUUUUGACAACUUUUACUUCACUACAUUCCUAAAGAAAAUAAUGUACUUUUUACUCCAUACAUUUUACCUGACACCCAAAAGUACUCGUUACAUUUUCAAUGCUUAGCAGGACAGGAAAAUGGUCAAUUCACACACUUAUCAAGACAACACAUGAUCAUCCCUUCUGCCUCUGAUCUGGUGGACUCACUAAACACAAAUGCAUCUUUUGUAAAUUAUGUCUGAGUGUUGGAGUGUGCCCCUGGCUAGCCAUACAUUUUAAAAACAAGACAUUUGUUAUUUUACCUUUAUUUAACUAGGCAAGUCAGUUAAGAACAAAUUCUUAUUUACAAUGACGGCCUACACCGGCCAAACCCGGAUGACGCUGGGCCAAUUGUGCGCCAUCCUAUGGGAUAGAAUAGAAUAUGGGAUAGAAUAGGAUAGAAGGAAUUUGAAAUGAUUUAUACUUUUACUUUUGAUACUUAAGUAUAUUUUAGUAAUUACAUUUACUUUUGACACUUAAGUAUAUUUAGAACCAAAUACUUUUAGACUUUUACUCAAGUAGUAUUUUACUGGGAGACUUUUACUUGAGUAACUUUCUAUUAAUGUAUCUAGUAUUCUAAGUAUAUUUAGAAGGGAUGGGGUAAUUUUUUACACUCUUGCAAUCUGAUUGAAACAACAGACUGAUGCUAAUGUCGGUAUUGAAAAGUUUAGCAUAGUAAUCCUCCAGUUACCAUAGCAGAGCUUAUGACAUGACUGAACAAUGCUUUUAUUGCACUGGUAUUUAAAACUUAUUGUUCGGAUGCUUGUGGACAAUUCUGUCACUUGUUUUCGCAAAUGAAAAUUGCAAUAAAACACUCUGCCUUUCUAUUACCUUUCAAUAGACUGCAAGAAAAACAGCAGUUUUCCAUUUCCAUCAAGUCAACAUACACGGGGGUCAUCAUCAUCAGUUUAGGAGCCUGA